AUGUCCUUCUCAUUUGGCUUCACUUCAAACGAUCUUAAUGAUGAUGAAUUGACAGAUGAUGAAACAAUAGCGCCUACAGGAUCCACGCAAACUACCAACGAAUUCGUUAACCCAUUGGAUUUUCCACGACUCUUGACUCAAGAUGUAGUCCAACCGCAAAUAAUCGACUUGUCCUUGAUGUUGAAAUCUCUGAAUAAUGUUAGGCUAAGUUUUGAACAAUUUUCAAGUCCAAUUACCUCGUAUCCAUUAUACAGAAGAGAAUUAUUCGAUGUUAAACAUCAACUAAUGCUUGAAUCUGAUGAUCCUAAUGUGUCUAAUACAAAUAAUGAAUUGACCGAUAUAUUAAUUGGUGACACGUCUGAAGAUUUAAGGAAAAAUGUUUAUGAAGGUGGAUUGAAAUCAUGGGAAUGUUCCAUUGAUUUAGUUGAUGCAUUAAAUGAUACAUCUUAUAAAGAAUUGAAUCAAUUUAAUACAUUUGUUGAAUUAGGUUGUGGGACUUCUUUACCCACUGAAUUUAUUUUCUCCAAAUUAUUACUUGAGUCUACUAAUCAAGAUAUUACAAAGACCGUGAUUUUAAGUGAUUAUAAUGAAAGUGUUUUAAGAUUAGUUAGUUUACCAAAUUUAUUAAUAACAUGGGCAAACUGUGUAUUGACUGCAGAGCAACGAGUUUCUUUACAGAGGGCUCAAGAUGAAAAUGUACCCAUUUGUGAAGAUGAACUAUUAUUGACUGAGAAGUUAUUAGACUCAUUCUAUCAAGAUAUGCAAAAAAGAAAUAUUAAUAUACACUUUAUUUCUGGUUCUUGGGGUAGAACAUUUACGAAGCUUCUUCAUACCAUCAUCCCUGCAGAUCAGAAUAUAUUAGUUCUUACUUCUGAAACGAUCUAUCAACCAGAAAAUUUACCGGUUAUCGCUGAAACAUUGUUAGAUCUAAAGUUAUCAUACUCCAGCAUUGCAGUGAAAGAAUUUGUUGCAGCUAAGGAUAUUUAUUUCGGUGUGGGUGGAAGUAUAGUAGAAUUUGAAAAUUACUUGAAAAGGAAAUAG